GGAAGAUGGCAGCCAUCAAAAUCGCUCUCACUCUCUCUCUCUCUCUCCUUUAAUAGACAGCCAUAGCCUACCACCUCUCCUCUUCCUCAACAACAUUUCUAGUUUUCUCUUCUUCACUCUACUACUCAACCUCCACUCUCAUCGCAUUUCGAUUCCUCUUUUUCUGGUUAUUGCUUCCUCCGCCGCCGGUCGCCGUUGCUGCCUCUUUCUAGAGGGAGAACGACAGUGGUGAUGAUGGAGAAGAAUCUGCUGUUUCUUGUCCUCGAUUUGGUUUUGUUUUUUCACUUUCAGGUCUCUUUUAGGGCAUUUUCCCUCUCGCCGGACGGUCUCUCGCUUCUCUCUCUCAAGUCGGCGGUCGACCAGUCGCCUGAUUCCUCUGUUUUCUCCGAUUGGAACGAGGAUGACUCGACGCCUUGCCGAUGGUCUGGCAUUUCUUGUAUGAAUGUUUCUGGCGACUCGCGUGUCGUUGGGAUUGCUCUCUCUGGUAAGAAUCUCCAUGGCUAUAUUCCUUCUGAGCUUGGGUCGCUUGUCUAUCUCCGGCGAUUGAACCUCCAUAACAAUAAUUUCUACGGCUCCAUACCUGAGCAGUUGUUUAAUGCUACCUCAUUGCAUAGCUUAUUUCUCUAUAGCAAUAAUCUAUCUGGUUCUUUUCCCCCUUCGAUCUGCAACAUCCCGAGGCUUCAGAACCUCGAUCUCUCCAAUAAUUCUCUCGCCGGACCAAUUCCCGACGAAUUGAAGAAUUGUAAACAGUUGCAGCAUUUAAUACUCGCCAGAAAUCAAUUUGACGGAGAAAUCCCGUCUGGUAUGUGGUCAAGGAUGGAUAAUUUACUUCAACUCGAUCUCUCAUCCAACGAUUUCAGUGGAUCGAUUCCGGAGGAUUUGGGGGAACUGAAGACACUUACCGGUACGCUGAACCUGUCCUUCAAUCAUUUAUCGGGUAAAAUUCCGAAGACUCUUGGAGAUUUGCCGGUGACGGUGAGUUUCGACCUUCGGAGCAACAAUCUGAGCGGAAGCAUACCACAGACGGGUUCCUUCGCGAAUCAGGGACCGACUGCAUUUCUCAAUAAUCCCGACUUGUGCGGAUUUCCUCUUCAGAAAUCUUGUGGGAAUUCAGAACGUGGCUCACCGGGUAAUCCGGAUUCGAAGCCAUCUUACAUUGCUCCUAGAAAAGGAUUGAGCGCCGGACUAAUCAUUCUCAUCUCAGCCGCCGACGCCGCCGGAGUAGCGUUUAUCGGUCUGAUAAUAGUAUACAUAUAUUGGCGAAGGAAGGACGAUUCGAACGGCUGUAGCUGUACGGCCAAAAGAAAAUUCGGUGGGAACCAGAAAGAUCUCUGCGGUUUUCCUUGUAUGAAUGGACAAGAUAAGAAUGAGGAGUCCGAAAUGGAGGAACCGGAGAACAGUGACAGAAGCAAAGAAGAAGGAGGGCUUGUGGCCAUAGACAAAGGCUUUACGUUCGAGCUCGACGAGCUACUGAGAGCAUCAGCCUAUGUGCUGGGAAAGAGUGGACUAGGAAUUGUGUACAAAGUGGUCCUUGGAAAUGGGAUUCCGGUGGCCGUACGGCGGGUGGGCGAAGGCGGAGAACAGAGGUAUAAAGAGUUCGUGGCGGAGGUGCAGGCCAUUGGAAGGGUAAAGCAUCCCAAUAUCGUGAAACUGAGAGCUUAUUAUUGGGCGCCGGAUGAGAAGCUUCUGAUCAGUGAUUUUAUCUCCAAUGGAAACUUGGCCUCUGCACUUCGCGGGAGAAACGGGCAGCCAUCUUCAGUGCUUUCAUGGUCAACGAGACUGAGAAUUGCCAAGGGAACCGCAAGGGGGUUGGCUUAUCUACACGAAUGCAGCCCAAGAAAAUUCGUCCAUGGCGACAUCAAGCCCUCCAACAUUCUCCUCGACAACGAUUUCCAGCCCCACAUCUCUGACUUCGGCCUCAACCGUUUGAUCAGCAUCACCGGCAACAACCCCUCCUCCUCCGGCGGCCUCAUUGGCGGCGCCUUCUCUUAUCUCAAGUCCGUCCAAACCGAACGCACCAACAACUACUGCGCGCCGGAAGCCCGUGCCCCUGGCGGUCGCCCCACCCAAAAAUGGGACGUCUAUUCCUUCGGAGUCAUGGUCCUCGAAUUGCUCACCGGAAAGUCACCGGAGCUUUCUCCCAACACGUCGACUUCUUUGGAGAUUCCAGAUUUGGUGAGAUGGGUCAGAAAAGGAUUUGAAGAAGCAAAGCCAUUGUCGGAUUUGGUCGACCCUGCUCUGCUACAAGAAGUACAUGCCAAGAAAGAGGUCCUCGCCGUAUUCCACGUGGCGCUCGCUUGUACAGAGAGCGACCCGGAACUCCGGCCCAGAAUGAAAACAGUGUCAGAGAGUUUCGACAGGAUGGGAUCGUAAGAAAUAAUCGUGAUUCAUGAACAUGGCCGCCAUUGUUGUACCAGUCAAGCUGCUACUGUAAUUGCGAGUAUUGCAUACUCUCACAGAAGCCAAUCAAUUUUUACGCCAAGAAAGAUUAGGUUGGGCACAAAAUUGUCCAUGUAGAUGGGUUUCUUCUUUUUUCCCCUUUCGAUUCAGUAAUUGCUAUUUGUCUUCCCUGAUCUUUAUGCUCUAAUUUGUUCUUAUUUUACAUUUUGCAAUUUCAAAUGAGAAGAGUAAGUAUCAAUGUUCUUCAAUUUGAAA